CCAGCUGGGGCGAGGAGCCGGGAGGAGGAGGCAGCGGCGGCGGCGGCGGCAGCAGCAGCAGCAGCAGAAACAAGUACCAGCCACACAGCGGCUCCUCCAGCCGGAGCAGCCACAGUCCCCCGGCCGCGAUGGCGCUGCAAAGCCCGGCGAGCGAGGAAGCCAAGGAGCCCUGGCAAGAGGCAGACCAGGAACAGCAGGAGCCGGUGGGUAGCCCGGAGCCCGAGCCGGAGCCGGAGCCUGAGCCGGUGCCAGUGCCCCCGCCCGAGCCCCAGCCGGAGCCCCAGCCGGAGCCCCAGCCCCUGCCGGACCCCGCACCCCUGCGGGAGUUGGAGUUUGAGCCCGAGCCGGUGCACGAACCCGAGCCCACGCCCACAGUGGAGACCCGCGGCACCGCGCGUGGCUUCCAGCCUCCCGAAGGUGGCUUUGGCUGGAUGGUGGUGUUCGCUGCCACCUGGUGCAACGGCUCCAUCUUCGGCAUCCAUAACUCCGUCGGGAUCCUCUACUCCAUGCUGCUAGAGGAGGAAAAAGAGAAAAAUCGCCAAGUGGAGUUCCAAGCAGCAUGGGUAGGAGCUCUGGCCAUGGGCAUGAUCUUCUUCUGUUCUCCCAUUGUGAGUAUAUUCACUGACCGUCUGGGCUGCCGGAUCACAGCGACCGCGGGGGCUGCCGUUGCUUUCAUAGGCCUCCACACCAGCUCCUUCACCAGCUCCCUGAGCCUGCGCUACUUCACCUACGGGAUUCUCUUUGGUUGUGGCUGCUCCUUCGCCUUUCAGCCAUCCCUCGUCAUCCUGGGCCACUACUUCCAGCGUCGCUUGGGUCUGGCCAAUGGUGUGGUGUCUGCUGGCAGUAGCAUCUUCUCCAUGUCCUUCCCCUUCCUCAUCAAAAUGCUGGGGGAUAAGAUCAAGCUGGCCCAAACCUUCCAGGUGCUGAGUACCUUCAUGUUUGUUCUCAUGCUGCUGUCACUCACCUAUCGGCCCCUCCUGCCCAGCUCCCAGGACACCCCAAGCAAGAGAGGUGUCCGUACCCUGCACCAGCGCUGUCUGGCUCAGCUCAGGAAGUACUUCAACAUGCGAGUGUUCCGCCAACGCACCUACCGCAUCUGGGCCUUCGGGAUUGCUGCUGCUGCCCUCGGCUACUUCGUUCCCUACGUCCACUUGAUGAAGUAUGUGGAAGAAGAGUUCUUGGAAAUCAAGGAGACCUGGGUGCUCUUGGUGUGUAUCGGGGCUACCUCAGGCCUUGGGCGUCUUGUAUCAGGCCAUGUCAGUGACUCCAUUCCUGGACUUAAGAAGAUCUACCUGCAGGUCCUCUCCUUCCUGCUCCUGGGCCUGAUGUCCAUGAUGAUUCCCCUGUGCCGCGACUUCGGGGGCCUCAUCGUUGUCUGCCUCUUCCUGGGCCUGUGUGAUGGCUUCUUCAUCACCAUCAUGGCCCCCAUUGCAUUUGAGCUAGUGGGCCCAAUGCAGGCCUCACAGGCCAUUGGCUACCUCCUGGGUAUGAUGGCUCUGCCAAUGAUUGCUGGGCCUCCCAUUGCAGGCCUUCUCCACAACUGUUUUGGGGACUACCAUGUGGCCUUCUACUUUGCCGGCGUGCCCCCCAUCAUUGGAGCUGUCAUCCUUUUCUUCGUCCCUCUGAUGCAUCAAAGGAUGUUCAAGAAAGAGCAGAGGGAUUCCAGCAAGGAUAAGAUGUUGGCUCCUGACCCAGAUCCCAAUGGCGAGCUGCUGCCAGGCUCCCCCACCCCUGAGGAACCAAUCUAAUGCCUCUUUCUUGCCAUUGUGUGCCCCCCCCAGCCCUUCCCCUCCAUGCCACCUGCUCAGCCUUUACAUUUUUGCCACCAGCACACUUGUUUCCAUACCUGUGCACACAGCAUUUCAGCCACCUGACCAUUCCCUUGGAGCCAAAACUCCAGGUGUUCCAAACUCAGUAACCAAAUUCUCCCCAUGAAUGCCUUCAAACUUGCCGGGGUCCUUCUCUUCCCAAGAUCUGGGAAAGCUUAGGAUCGCCCCCUUGGCCUUUGGAACCUCUCCAAAUACUUUCUAUCCUCUGGGGUAGGAAGGGGGAUGGGACCUCCCAGCCCGUUUAUUUGUCACCCACCAAAACCAAUUGCCAAAGGUGCUACUGUGUCCCCAGGAGCCUAGUGGGGGAAGCCCCAAGCCUCUGUUUGCUGAAGACUUCAUUGCCAUCCAUCCUUGAGAGCCAUUGUGCUGGGGAGUCGGGAGGUGGGGGAGAGGCGGGGCAUGGAGGGAAGGCAGAGAGGCAAAAUAAGACAAAGCGUCUUGUUUUGCCUGUUUCUCAGGACCACGGCUUCUCAAUAGCUGUAUACAAGCAGUGUCCACAUGAUAUGGUCGCUUAACAGUCUGCUUCCCCUUCCCUUCCUUGUUUUCUCUCCUGCCUCCUCUCCACUCUCUUCCCCCUUUAUUUCUCUCUGUCACUAUCAUAGACACAUAGGUGCUUUGAGAAAGGAGGGAGGGACCCAGAGCUUGGGCCAAUCACUCUCGCCUUGGCCCAGUCCACCUCUAACACUAACAUUAAUUCCACUCAUCUCAGGCUGAGCCACAUCUCACUUUUUGGCUCAAGCUGAUCUAAAUCGCAGACUGGAAAAGUAAAAUAUCAUAUAGGGAGGGAUCUUAAACACCGGAGUUCCUCGUUCCACUGACUGCUUUUUACAGGGUUCCCAGGCCAACACCUGAACCUAGCCCCCACCCCCAGCUCCCCAUCCUUGUAUCAACCUGUCAAAAUGUGAAGAAGCUCCUUUCAUCUCAGCAGGCAGAGGACUGAUGACAGCCGGCUGGCAUGGUGCGAAGAGGAGCAGUGGGCACUGAGUAUUGACCUGGCGAAGGACCAACUCCAUCUCUGUUUGCAUGACAAGUCAAUAUUUCUACCUGGGCCAGGCCAGGAAAGGGAGUGCUUUAGGAAAAACCCCAUUCCCAAUCUGGAUCCCAAAAAGGUACAGGCAGCAACUGCACAUAGGGUUGGACAAUUUCUUUUAGGAAGAGGAAGCCAUCCUAACCUUUACCACCCAAUUGUGUCCCCCAUCCUGGGCAUCCUGGGCCACUCAACUUAGUGGGCAUUAAAGGUGCCAGGAAAGGUAGACUCUGGGCCACCUUCAGCCCUCUGAGGUAGGUGCCAGCUGUUUCCCUAGGUCCAGGCUCUGGGCAGGUCUUACUGAAGAGCAUUCCAAGUGCCCCUGGCUAGGGGCAGUGGGCAUUGCCAGGCUGUUUUCAGCUAGCACAGCUCACCUCAUUAGGAGCUCAGCCUCUCUCCUCAUUCUGCCUCUUUUUGUCUCUCCCCCCUCACACCUCCCCACCCAGGCCUUUGUCUAUUGUGUUCCUGUCAGCCAACCUUGCAUCAUCUUUUCACCAAGCAUUCCUGGCUGACACUUGGAGCCAACUUGCCAUCCCAAGCCAGGGUCAUCCCAGGGCCAGGAGGAUGAGGUUGCCCUGAGGGGCUCCAAAGGAGACAAUGGCCCCCACCCAUGAGUUUUUCCGUUACAAACAGGCAGCUGGGGCAUAGUUGGCCUCUGAUGGUUUCAUUCAAGGCCAAAGUCCUGAGCCCCCUCCGCUGGUCCCAAUCCAGCUCUUGUCAAGUUCCCAAAGGAAAACCCACUGGUUCUUGGCUCUGUGGGUAGGAAGGGGCCUAAUUACUACCCUGUCAGCACAAACAGCAGUGGAGUAGGAGAGGCUGGGCCCCAGGAGCCCUGGAACUCCCAAGAGAGACCACAGGAAAUACUGGAGCAACAGUGCCCUUGCCUCCAUUCCUGCUUGCCCUUCCCCCUACCGAAUCAAGUGGAAGUUGCUUCUGCAGGGCCUCCUUUGUUGUUCAAGGCGUGUAUAGCACUUAAGAAUCAGGCUGCUACCCACUUCUCUCCAGAUGAAGGAAAGAUAUUCACAGGUCCCGAAUCUGCCCAUUCAAGUGUCACAUAACAUGGCAGGGUGUCAAUUUACUUCUUCCACACAUGUGCACGUGCGUGUGUGGGCUUGUGUGCUUUUGGAGAGAAUGUUGGCUGGCAAAAGCAGCACAGUAUUAUUAAUAUUUAGAGUAGGAUGCCGCCUCUUAGGCACCACAGUUAAAUCUAGAAGAACGAACAAAAUUUCAGAGCUUAAGACCUGAGACAUUUAAAUCCUCAAGGGGUUUGGAACAAAAUAAACAAAUCUAAAAAUCU